UCUCAUUAAAAGAAGUGAGAGAGACUGAAAGAACUGCAAAUCCCAGAAAGAACGCUCUUUCCGAGACCUACCUCUAUCUCUAUCCUUCCUGAGUUCCUGGGUUUCAGUCUCGCAUCGCUCGCACUCUUCCCCUUCACUCAUGUCGUCCUAUGAACCCCCCUCCGGCGGCGACCACGCCCACCUCUUCGGCUACGACGACGACGAAGACCCGUCCGAGCCCGAAUUCUUCGCCGACGGCGAGGACGGCGACGGCAUCCCACCCGACCCGCUCCUGAAGUCCGGCACGUUCAUCCUCGAACCCACCACCGGUCCAACCCUGGCCGCCGACCAGCCACCGCCCCAACAACCAGCCCAGAACGGCGCCGCGGCAGAUCGCGCUGAUCGCGAGCCGGAGAGGUUUGCGAGCCCUCCGUCGAAGAGUGCGGCGGAGAGAGGGACGGCGUCGCCGUCGUCUGUCGCGGCGGCGGUUGCUGCGGAGACAUCGGCGCCGUCGUCGGGUAGGAAGGGACAGAAGCCGGCGCAGGCGGGGGUUCCGGGGGCGACGCCCGAGAGGCCGAAUUGGUUGCCGGAGGGUUGGAGGAUGGAAUGUAAGGUCCGGACGUCUGGUGCCACUGCUGGAUCUUUCGACAGGUAUUAUAUUGAACCAGUAUCGGGCCGCAGAUUCAGGUCAAAAGUAGAGGUGGAUUAUUUUCUUCAAACAGGGAAUAAGCCAAACAAGAAAGCAAAACCUGAUGCCGAUGCCAAUCGUCAAGAGAAAUCUGGUUCAAAGAAGAAGAAAUCUGCUCCUUUGAACUUUGAUUUUAACAAUCCGCCAGAAAAGGUCCGUUGGGUACUGACUGAUGCAGUAAAAGAUCAAUGGACACCAUUUGUUGGUGACAAAAUCAUACCUAAAUCCACGAGGCAAGAGUGGAAUGCUGCGUUUCAAUUCUCUUGCGGAUAAGGGAUACUUUCAGGACAGCGUAAGGGAAGGCACUUUCGUUUGAUGUUCUAAUUGUUUAGGGCAUAAUCUCUCACUCCACAGGAUUUUCCCCAACUCCAGCUCUCUAACUUGACUUGAAAUCACUUAUACAAUUUUAGCCUCAAAGUGGAACAUUCUUUGUUCGUUUGAUAGAUUUCCUUGAAACAAUAGGCUUGGUUUCUUUUCUUACUUUCUUUUGGUGAUUAAUCUGAUGGUUUAUGUACAAGUUAGUUUGUUUUAAUGUAAUCUGUGCUAGGAUGACUAGACAAUUUAUGCUUA